GGCUGUCAACUUGUCUAGCAGUGAGGCGAUCCCAGCCUGCCCGACCGGCAACUCCUCUCCGUCUCUCCCCCAUGCUGCCGCCGCCGCCGCCGCCGCCUCCUCCCGCCGUUCCUCCCACCAGCGCCGCCGCGGCCUAUGCGUCUCUUGCCGCCAUUGCGAGCUCCGUCGAGGGCCUCGCCUCCUUCAACGAGGUGCUCGUCGAGUUCCUCGACGAGUGGCGCGAAUUCCACCUCGACGCCAACUCCAUCGCCGCCGCCCUGCCCCCGCUCGCCGACGACGAUGCCGACCCCGACCCCAAGCCCAGCCCCGUGGGAGAGCUCGGGGCCCUCCUCGGCCAGUGGAACCCCGUCCACCCCGCGGCGGCCGCCGCCGCACCCCCCCUCGCCGACCGCGUAGCGGACGAAUCCAACCCUAGAUUACCCGACCCCGUCGCCGAGCGCCGCCAGCACAGUCCCGUGCCUCAAGACCCCCUCCACCAGCGGGACGAAUCCAUCCCUAAACCCGGCCCGGUGAUCGAGCGCCGCGAGCACAGUCCCCUGCCUGCGCCCCAGCGGCUCACCUCCGCCCCCGCCGUCCCCGCCGCCGCCGCCGACCCCGUCCCCGAGCCCGAGCCGAAACCCGCCCUCCCGGCCGAGGUCGGGCCCGUUCGCGCGCCCAAGCCCGCACCCAAGCCCGGCCCCGGCCGCGAGCGCAGGGCCAGCGAGCAGGAGGCGGAGAUGCUGGGGGGCAUCUGCGAGCAGAUGGGGUCGCGCUCGCUCCGCGGCUUCGUCACCACCCACCUGCGGGACCGCGCCUGGCUGCGCCGCGUGGGCCCGGCCGCGCUGCGCCGCGCCCCGGACCCCGCCGUGCUCGUCAUCCGCGCCGUCAGCCGCAGCUACAUCUGCGCCGAGAGCGAGAACGCCGAGACCGCCUGCGUGCUCCUCCUGGAGCUCUACGUGCGCGCGGGCUGCCCCCGCCGCCCGGAGGGGGAGGGGGAGGCCGAGGUGCGGGCCGAGGCGCGCGUGUCCGCGCUCUCGUGGCGCAGCCGGAUCGUGCGGGAGAAGGGCCGGGUCGCCGACGCCAGCGCCAGGGACGCCCGCGGCCUCAUCCUCCUCAUGGCCGCCUUCGGCGUGCCCCUCGAGUUCCCUCUGCAGGAGCUCUACCAGCUGAUGCUUGCCGGCGGCUGCUUGACCUGCGUCGACGUGCUCAGAUGCUCCCAGCCCUUCAUGAAGAAGCUGCGUGAUGUUGUUGCUGAUAUGCUGAACAGGGGAAGUUAUCGCGAAGCGAUUGGUGUGAUCCUUGCAUUUGACCUGCAGGAGGCGUUCCCGCUCGAUGGCGUACUGUCUUACAUCGUUGACAAGGUUGUGCGCAAUAGGAAGGAGCAAGAGAGCGAGGUGGAGUGUGAUUUGGCGGGAUCGAAAAAACGUGAUGAAGAGGAGUUGCUUCUUUGGAGAUCAAUAUCGAAAUAUGUGGAGGAGCGCACACCAUGUUUUUCAGAAAUGUCUUGUCCCAGUUUGGCUGAGAGGAUUAAGGUGCUAGAAGAACGCGUUGGAAAGCCAAACCAAAACCUUUCUGAGUGAAGAGAGUCGCGAACCAAGCUUCUCUGAGCGAAGAGAGCCAAACCAAGCCUCUCUAAUGAUCUAACAUAAAUCAUGAACUGCAGAAGCAACACCGCUACGAGCGAGGAGAGCUUAACAGACCAGUUCUGCAGUUCAAAUACUGCAGCUAUACGAAUUUUGACAUGGAUCCAGCCGUACUGUACUGUAUGGACUUGUAGGAAGUCUUUCUGGGCUCCUCAAGUAUCCAUUAUACACCUGAUAGAAUUAUACCCAGCCUAGUAAGGCACACAGUAUGACAAUAUGUUGUGGUUGAACUUAAACCUGCUUGUAGCAACCUUGGCCUGUUUCCCCCAAACAGCAAGCUCGGUAAUAUUUCCAUGUUUGGAAGGGAUGGAUUUUGGGGAUUGUUCUGAAUCCCGCAUCAUCCUUCCAUUCCCACCCCUUUCAGAACAUCCGUUUGAGACUCUGUGUGGUGGCCUGUUUUGAAAGCUCACAUUUACUUUGGCCCAAGAUGAAUGAAUCAUGAAAUCUCUAGUUAUGUUUUA